GAAAAGAAAGCCUAAAUAUUAGCCACUCCAAGUUUAUAAAAAAAGUUUCUUUUCCCCAUUUUAUGGCCAUGAUAAUGAUUAGUUAGUACCUCCGAAUCAUUGUCUGUUUUAAAUUAUUGGGAAUUGUUUGUGUGUGUGUAUAUAUAUAGAAAAAUGGAUGGAGUGAGGAAGAAGAGAUGAUGUUAGUGGAAGCACACAAAAAGCUUGGGAACAAAUGGGCUGAGAUUGCCAAAGGGAUUCCCGGAAGGACGGAAAACUCCAUCAAGAAUCAUUGGAACGCCACCAAAAGGCGGCAGAUUUCCCGGAGGAAAAAGAGCACCGUCGUGAACAAGAAACCCACCGUCAAGAAGUCAACCACCGUUCUUCAAGAUUACAUUAGGGCCAAGUGUCUGUUACCGGCCGGCAACCGCAGCAGCACCACCGCAACCGCAACCGAAGAGGAGGAUCCAGACGGCGUCAGCGAGGCUUCCUCUCUGUUGACCACUCACCGGACACAUGAUGAGGAGAUGACUUUCAUGGAAACCCUGUUCGGGAAAACCUCUCCUAGCAGUAACAGCAACUCGACGGCGACGUUCGACGACGGCCCGGUGGCCGGAAGUGGAACCAUCACUUCAGCACCGCCGCCAAAAGCUGAGCAAGGUUGGGGUGCCGACCGGUACAUCUCUUAUUUGCUGGAUGGUGAUUGCGGCUAUGAAGGGCAGCAGGAGAUGUUUGGGAUGAACUGCGGCGGCCAUGGCAGAUCAUCAUCAAGUGGUGGAGCUAAUAAGGAUAUUGAUUUGAUGGAAUUGAUAUUUCCUUCUCAUUACUCCUAAGCUAGUUGGCUAGUUGCAUGAUCAAUGAAAACAAGCGUCGUGCGUCGCCAAAACCCUCAUAUCUCAUGAUCUAAUCCAUACUUGUUCAUGUGUUGUUGAAUGUUGAUUUGAGAUUUUAAGUAAAUGUUUAUUUUAAGACAACUAAAUUAAAUUUGGCUGAAAAUUGUUAAAGCAUUUGUCUCACACCGGAAAGCUAUAAAACAAUUAAAC